AGAUGCUGUGCGACUCUUCCCACACCCACGCCCUCUAAUCCUCUAGCGACGGGUCUGGCGACCUCGGAAACCCUUCUAAAACUCUUGGGGGUCUCGACUGCUCCAUGUGCACUUAUCCGCUAGUGCUGCUGCAGGUGUUCUUCCUGAUGGUCCCCAAGGACGUCGGUCCUCAGCCCUCUUCCUCCCCGGCAGAGGCAGUGCCCACCCCUUCGGACCUUGGCCCAGGGUCGCAGGGCGUGACCCCUCAGCCCUCGAGGGGGACUGAAACCCCCUGGGCCACACUUGGGAGCUCCACAGUGGGCCCUACUGUUCUGACCUCUUCGGCACCUGGGAAUAGGACCGUGGACCUAUUCCCAGUCUUACCGAUCUGUGUCUGUGACUUGACUCCUGGUGCCUGUGAUAUAAAUUGCUGCUGCGACAGGGACUGCUAUCUUCCCCAUCCGAGGACAGUUUUCUCCUUCUGCCUUCCAGGCAGCGUGAGGUCUUCAAGUUGGGUGUGUGUGGACAACUCUCUUAUCUUCAGGAGUAAUUCCCCAUUCCCUUCAAGAGUUCUCAUGGAUUCAAAUGGAGUUAGGCAGUUUUGUGUCCAUGUGAACAACUCAAAAUUAAACUAUUUCCAGGAGCUCCAAAAGGUCAAUGCAACCAACUUCCAGGCCCUGGCUACAGAGUUUGGAGGCAGAUCAUUUACUUCAACAUUCCAAACCCAGUCGCCAUCACCUUUUUACAGGGCUGGGGACCCCAUUUUGACUUACUUCCCCCAGUGGUCUGUAAUAAGCUUGCUGAAGCAGCCUGCAGGAAUUGGAGCCUGGGGACUCUGUGCUGAAAGCAAUCCUGCGGGUUUCUUGGAGAGUAAAAGUACAACCUGUGCUCGUUUCUUCAAGAACCUGGCAGAUAGUUGCACCUCAGAUCCAGCCCUCAAUGCUGCCUCUUACUAUAAUUUCACAGUCUUGAAAAUUCCAAUAGGUAUGACUGAUCCACAGAAUAUGAAGUUCCAGGUUCCUGUAACACUUGUCUCAGAAGCUCGUUCUCCUCUGCUGGCUGGAAACACGUGUCAGAAUGUUGUUUCCCAGGUCAUCUAUGAGAUAGAGACCAAUGGGACUUUUGGAAUCCAGAAAGUCUUUGUCAGUUUUGGACAAACCAACCUGACCGUCGAGCCAGGCACUUCCUUACAGCAGCAGUUCAUCAUUCGCUUCAGGGCUUUUCAACAGAGCUCAGCUGCUUCUCUUCCGAGUCCUAGAAGUGGAAAUCCUGGCUAUAUUGUUGGGAAGCCACUCUUGUCUCUAACUGAUGACAUAAGUCACACAAUGACCCUCUUGCAGAGCCGGGGGGAUGGAACUUGCUCUGUUAAGCGACACAAAGUACAGUUUGGAGUAAAUGCAAUGUCUGGAUGCAAGUUCAGGCUGAAAAAGCUAGACUGCAGCCACCUGCAGCAGGAAAUGUAUGAGACUCUUCAUGGGAGGCCCAGACCGGAGCGUGUUGGCAUCUUUGGUAAUGCUGACGCAGCCCAGAAGGGAGAGUGGACCAGGAUCUUCAGUAGGAACUGCAGUGUUUCAGCUUUGCAUUGUACUUCCUGUUGUGUCAUACCAGUUUCCCUGGAGAUUCAGGUAUUGUGGGCAUAUAUAGGCCUCCAGUCCAAUCCACAAGCUCAUGUGUCGAGAGCCCGAUUCCUAUACCAGUGCCAGUCUAUACAGGAUUCCCAACAAGUAACAGAAGUAUCUUUGACAACUAUUGUGACCUUCGUGGACAUUACCCAGAAGCCAGAGCCUCCACGGGGCCAACCUCGAAUGGACUGGAAAUUGCCAUUCGACUUCUUCUUUCCUUUCAAAGUGGCAUUCAGCAAAGGAGUAGACUCUCAAAAAGGCUCAGUUUCUCCCAUCCUUAUCCUGUGUAUCUUACUACUUGGACUUCUUAGCCUAGAGACUAAGUGAAAAAGGAUAAGAAUCAGAUUUCAGUGUUCCCUAUGGGAAGUCUUACGGCAGCCUACUUAUGUUGGCUAAUGACUGUAAAGCAUUUAGGAUAAUAGAGAACCUAACUGAAGGAAUCUGUACAUGAGAGAAGGGAUUUCAGAACAGCAAUAAAAGUAUCUUAUCCUCGCUCUCUGCUUAGUACCCUCGGAACACUAAGAACACAUUAGGUUCUAUACUUCUCAAGCAGGCAAGAACACAAAGAGCCCUUCCUCCAGCCCUUCAGGUUGUGUUAUGCCUGCUAAAGGUUUGCAAAAUCUUCAUCUAUCUGCCCACAGGCACACUUUGGCCCAACAUCAAAGGGAACAUGUUCCUACCGUCCCCCUGGUGAACUUGGGAAUAGCUACCCUCUGGAUUUACUAAUUUCAGAGUGCUUUUAUUACCCUAAAAAGAAACCCCAUGAUUCUGCAGACAGAUCUGGAGGCAUGCUGACAUGGUAAGAACCCUUACCCUCUCCCUGCCUGUGUUGGGUACCCCAAGAUCAUCUCAUCUGCAGCAGCCACGUGGGGAAGUGCAGUAUUCCAGCAAGUAAGUUUGUCCUGCUCAGCACCAACUGUGGGGAGGAACAAACUUUUCUACCCUCAGAAUUCUUUUGGCUGGUCUGAUAGUCAAGUAGACAUGGGAUGGAUUGGCAGGAGAGCAUAUCAAAUGUAACGCAUACAUAUAUAUGGGAACCCUGCAUACAUGGAAGAGUCAGAGACAGAAUGAGUAUAUAAGACACUCUUAGCUAGGGAUGAAAUAAGACAUCUUGGGGUCUUCAAAGGGUCAUGGCAGGAGGAUAAGAACAGAUGUUUAGUAAAUAGUUUUUCCUGCCUUAUAGAUGUCAAAAGAGGUUAUCUCUGAUAAUCUCUUGUUAUGGGUCCCUAAUUCAAGUUCUAGGAGGGGCAGAAGUUUCUCUUGAGCCCUCAUAUAGGCUUUAAUUUAUAGGAACAAAUAGAAUUUGUUCCUAUAAAUUACUGCGUGUGUAUUAAACAAAAGACAAAACAAAAUAUCAAAAAUAUUUCUAAAGGUAAAAAAUAUGACAAAGAAAAACCACAUAAUAAAUGGGUUAAUCUUAUAAUUAAUAAAAAUGUUUAAUAACAGGAAAAAAAAGAAACUUCAAACUGAUUAGCAGUCACUUCCCAUUGUCCCUUCCUCACUAGGUUAUAGCGGCCAUCAAAGUACUUUCUGUCUCUAUAGAUUAGCCUACUUUGAACAUGUCAUGUAAAUGGAAUCAUACAACAUGUAUGUAGCCUUUUGUGUACGGCUUCUUUCACUUAAUGUUUUCAAGGUUCAUCUGGUUCAUCCAUGUUGUAUCAUGUACCAGUACUUCAUUCCUUUUUAUGGCUGAAUAAUAUUUCAUUGUAUGAAUAUAACAUUUUAUUUAUCCAUUCAUAAGUUGAUUGACAUUUGAAUUGUUCCUAUUCUUUUGGCAAUUAUGAAUAAUGCUGCUAUGAACAUUUGUGUACAAGUUUUGUGCUAGGAGCGGGAUUGCUGGGCAAUAUGGUAACUAUGUUUAACUUAUUAAAGAACUACCGAAGUA